GAGUUACAGAGGAACUGCAGAGCUGCACACAGGACAGUAAUAAUGGAAAGGCGUGUGUCUGUGCUGCUGCUGUGUGUGAUGAGAAUCACUGAAGGAUUUCCUCUGAGUUGGGCUCCGUCCCAAUCCUCCCCUGGCUAUACCCUCCUGGUCCCUGUUAGGAUUACAGGCUUGAAUGGACCACAGGUGGUUCUGGUACCAGUGAUUACUGACUGGACGACACAGAGGAACCAAAACCCAACGGCUCAGUCGGAACAGACACUCAGAGAAAACGAACAGCAACAUAUGAGUCAGAACUUGUUGGAGAAUCAGAAAGAGAACAGUCCGUUGCUGCAGCAACCAACAGUCUCACCUGACACACCUUUAUCUGAGAAUCUCCUCCCACAGGGACAGGUGUUGCCUCCAGUGUGGAACCCCAUUUCUGGUGUUGUCCCUCUGCAGCCUGGGGUGACUGGCCAGAUGUUUGUCCCUGUGUGGGCGCCACCUGCUGGAGGAGCAGCUGGAGGACAGAGACAGUCCAAUUCUGCAAGCUCGGAGGAGGGAGACAUGCAGGUGAUCUACAUUUUGCCGAUGAGUGCUGAAAUUCCUAACAUGGGAAUGAUGGAGGGAGGACAGGGGGGUGUUGAUGCUGAACUCAGAUCUAAUCCCAACACUAACCUUCACCUUAAACCUGACACCAUCCCUAAUCCUGACCCUAACCCAGGUCACCUGCAGCUCCAUGCCACCUCUGCCCCAGGCCCUGCCCCUGGCACCACCCCUAGCCCUGCCCUUCCUGCAGGUGUCCAGGAAAUAAACGUAACCUCUCAGAAAAGUGCCCGCUAGUAUGGGUGCAAGUCAGAGAAUACAAAAAUGAGGUGCAGUAACUUCCUGUAACCACAAGGUGGAGCAGCUACUGUUUGAGCAGCAGUUAACAGUGUUUCUUUGAUUCCGGUCUAUUUUGAUGGCUCGUGUUUGUUUGUUCCUAAAUUACUAUAUUGUAAUAAAAUUAUUCUGUCA